AUGUUUGCUACAUGGGUGGCCGUCAAAAUUACUGUAAAGAUGGGGUCUCAUAAAGCUAUAGUAGGACCAGAAGAAAUGAAACAAACGCGCCGUCAGCACCAGUUUAUAUGCUGUGAUCGCAUUAUGUGCCCUAGUAUGCUUAAGAUCGCCCACAGACGCAUGAGCACGGUUUCAUGCGUCACUCGGCUGACCUCGUGUGCAAUGAAAACAAUCAAUCAGAGAGCUCUUAUUCAACAGGCUCCAAUCAGAGUUGAGGGUCCGAAAGUAACCGAAUUUUUCAAAAGGCCCACGAAGCUAACAAUAUAUCAAACGAAACGCUGCGCUAAUGCGGGGUCAUGCAUUGAGAACAAAUGCGACAGGCUCAAGUAA